AUGUUAAUAAAUGAACAGGAUAAAAUAUCUAGUUCAAAUUACAUUAAAGAAAAACACCAAUAUAAAGUUAGUGUAAUAGUUCCUUGCUAUAAUACUAAACCGUGGCUAGAUGAAUGCUUGCAAUCUUUAGUUGAUCAAACUUUGCAAGAAAUAGAAAUAAUCUGUAUUAAUGAUGGUUCUACUGAUGGCACUGGCAAAAAAUUAGACGAAUGGCAAGCACAACACGCUAAUAAAAUAAAAGUAAUUCAUCAAAAAAAUGGUGGCUUAUCUAACGCUCGCAAUGCAGGAAUAGCAAUAGCACAAGGCGAAUGCAUAGGUUUUGUUGACUCUGAUGAUUGUAUUGAUAUUUACAU